GUAUUGGAAGGGACAAAUAUAGACGAUGCGACUUGUUUGUUGGAUUUUCAGGAGUCAAGAGUCCAUGAAUUUCAGAGAGAAAAGAAGAACCUUUUGAAACACAAGUCAAUAGUUGAAAAACUUCCGGUGCUAUUUACUGGCAGGUGAUGCCAAUCGUCGACGAUAGGCCUCCGUCUGACGGUGGCGGCAGUAAACUUUGGGGGAUAUUGAAGUUACCGUUUCGAAGCUCACGUAACACUACUCCACAUACAUCAACGUUAUCUUCUUCGUACCAAAUCGAACGAUCUCACGCUCAUAAGAAAAACGAAAAAUAUAGCUCAAGCUCCACUACUUCGGUCUCAUCGUUGGUUAGAUCUCUGCUUCCGACGCGGCGGCGUCUCCGGCUUGAUCCGCGGAAUAAACUCUACUUUCCAUAUGAACCUGGUAAGCAAGUUCAAAGUGCUAUCAAGAUAAAAAACACCAGCAAGUCUCAUACAGCCUUCAAGUUUCAAACAACUGCACCAAAAAGUUGUUUCAUGCGUCCUCCAGGGGCAAUUCUAGCUCCAGGCGAGACGAUUAUUGCAACCGUUUUUAAGUUUGUGGAACCUCCAGAGAACAAUGAGAAGCCAACAGACACAAAGAGAAAAGUGAAAUUCAAAAUCAUGAGUCUGAAAGUCAAAGGAGUGAUUGACUACAUACCCGAGCUAUUUGAUGAGCAGAAAGAUCUAGUAGCUGUGGAGCAGAUACUGCAAGUUGUUUUUCUAGAUGUGACACGUCCAAGCCCAGCAUUGGAAAAAUUGAAGCGGCAGUUAGCGGAGGCUGAGGCGGCUCUUGAAACCCGCAAGAAACCUCCAGAGGACACCGGACCAAAAGUUGUCGGUGAUGGCCUUGUCAUAGAUGAAUGGAAAGAGAGACGUGAGCGAUACCUAGCAAGACAACAAGUUGAAGGGGAAGACUCGAUUUAAUAAUAAAAAGUGUUUUAUUUUAUUUUAUAAUUUUUUUUAACUAAAAAAGCGUACCACUUAUUGAAUUCUAUUUUAUGUUUUUUUUUUUCAUUGUAAAAAGCUUUUGUGAGGGAUGUAUUUAACCCGUUGGUGGUGAGCUGUAGGAGGUACAAGUCAAAACAGCGGAAAGUACCGCUUGGACUUGCACCCGAUAGUUCUUUCAUCGGGUAGACUAAGAUUGUAUACAAGAUUUUCGUGUGUGAUUAGUGAUUUAGAAGUAAAUUAGACUGUGUUUGUUA